CCCUACUACUACUACCCUGCUGCCCUGCUAAGAACCCAGGACCUGCUGCCAGUCCCCCAUAAACCCCUGCCCCUCCAACUGAUAAUAGUUGGCAUAGUAAAACUACAAAAUAACCAUCCCAUCCGCCGCCGUCAGAUCGUACAAGACGCCCGAAAACCUCAAAGGAAGCAAACAUCGCUUUCCCCUUCCCUUCCUUCCAAUCCCAUAUCGCGCAUUUCUUUUCCUUAUUCCCUCCCUCGGUAUUCUCAAUCUUGUCUUUUUCUUCCCGCUGGUCAUACAAAAGGAAUUGUUUGAUACCCCUUUACACAAGACGAGUCUGCUUGGUCAACUCGAAAAAAAAGUGUACAUAUUUUGUUAAUCUCGGCAUCUUCGCCACAUUUGCUUUAUCCGUUCCUACGUACACAAGACCGGUCAGUUAAUCCCAGCCUCUGCUUAUUUGAACUACCUGAGCUCAACAAUUGCCAGUUUACUUAUUUCCGAGUCCAAGCGAGCGCUCAAAUAUAUGAAUUAAAGGGACAGAAAAAAAAGGAGCGUCUUCAUUUCCACCCGCUAGUCGCAUUAUAGAUUUGAAUUGGCUCCUCUCUGCUUGAGCUUUUGUCAUGAAAAUAAUCAUACUGGGUCUCACUCUGUAAUGAUUGAAAGUCCGUAAAUAUGAUGAGCACAAGCAACCCUUCGCAUGCGCAUGCUGUAUCAGCAGCUCAAUCACGACCAAGGAGAGUCCGUACUAGCAAACCAAAGGUCAAGACAGGCUGCAACAAUUGCAAGCAACGGCGUAUAAAAUGCGACGAAUUGCGACCAAGCUGUACUAAUUGCCGUCGCUCCAAGAAAGAAUGCUCUGGUUAUCCACCUCCACCACGAGCCAAAGUCUUUGAAGAGGUUAGGAUUGCGCCCAAACCCGGUGCCGGACAUAUUUCCCCGAUUUCACCAGCGAAUGACUCUGGCCGGCUCCUCCGGCCCCAAUCUCUUCCGCGGCCAGAUGUUGCGCGGUUAGAACCCCAUCAAGUGCCUGCAAGACGUCUCACACCUCCACAAACGCCGAUAGAAAGCUCAUCGUUGACCAUUCAUCGACCAUCCAUGCUCUCUUUUGACCUUAACGAAGGCCCGUAUUUCCAACUCUUCAGAGAACGCACAGCUAGCGAACUGUCGGGAUUUUUCGACUCCUCUUUCUGGACCCGAAGUGUCCUACAAGAAUGUCACUCGGAAGAAGCCAUUCGGCAUUCCGUCGUCGCCCUAGGUGCUCUUUACAAGACACUAGAAAAAAUGUCGGAAUCACCACCAAGUUCACCAUCUGCUGUCGUGGAUGUAUCAGAUAAUGCGUUCCGACAUUGGGGGGUCGCUUUCAAAAGUUAUUCCUCGGCAUUGGCAUCCAUGAGGACAUCGACUUCUCAAGAUCAAAAGUCGCAACGGAUAAGCCUCAUGGCAACUGUUUUAUUAGCUUGCUUUGAUUCCUUCAUUGGGGACCAUACGCAGGCGAUUACACAAAUUCAAAGCGGCCUCCGACUCCUAGAGACGUUGCGCGCCCAGCGUAGAAACGCCUUCCUCCCCAAACUCGAGGAACCGGUUGAACGAGACCUGGUCCAGAUGUUCACCCGCCUAGCAAUUCAAGCCAAGUCUUAUGACAUGGCUUUCCAUUUCCCCGAACCAAACGUCAUACGCCUCUCUCCUCAAGAUACCAACGACCAUCUUGCGUCCCCCUCUUCAGAUGGGGCGUCGCCGAUGUCGACAAUCCAAGCACAGCUACCAGAAAUAUUCCAGUCUCUAUUUGAUGCGAGAUUGGCAUGGGAUAACCUAUGCGAGCAAAUGAUGCGAUUUAAUGAAAAUAUGUUCACAUUUACCACUUCGAUGAGUCCCAUGGGCGUGCUUCCAAAUUCGCUGAAACAGUACGGCACUGGGUUCGGUGAAAAGUUGACUGCCUGGUCCAAGGCUUUUGACCCGAUACUGAUGUCUCGUUCAGCACCUGCAAAGAGCAGCCAGGAGAAGACAGCAAUUGCUGUACUCAAAAUGAACCAGAUUAUGGGUGAAAUCCUAUUUUAUAUGACAUUUAGUGAUACCGAGCUCCAAUUCGACGCAUACGUGCCACACUUCAAACAAAUCGUCACCUUGGCCAUGGAAGUGGUAGGAGACGAAGAGCGCAGGGCCGCCGCAAAACGGUGCCCAAAUCCGCAAUUUUGCCACCACCAACCUAUCCACGCAGAUGUUUUUGGCGGUGGGCAAAACACAGCUCGACAUAUUAAACCAAGUUUUAGCGCCGAUUUGGGUAUCGUACCUCCGCUUUUUGUCGUUGCUACGAAGUGUCGAGAACCGAUGACGAGGCUCCAAGCAAUCCAGCUCUUGCAAACCAGCUCACGGAGGGAAGGUAUGUGGGAUAGCGAACUCGCAGCUCGUAUAGGCAAGUGGGUUAUGGAGAUAGAAGAAGAAGAUGAUGGUACCGAUGACUUGGGACGCCCUACAUCUAGUUCAACUGAUGCAAUGGGCUUUUCCACAGGAAGUCCCAGCAACCGAUCGACUAGUUCACCUGUCUUUGGAGACGAUGUUCCCCUCGGUCCCGGCGGCAACGCUCGUUGGGGUGGCCGGGGGGAGAGCGUCCCAUUCUCGCCUUUUAGCAGGAGAACUAUACCGGAAGAGAAGCGUGUUAUGGUGCGGUCCGUUGAGUUUGAUCUUCGUGACCAUGUAGCAACGAUCACAUGUGGCACACGAGGGUUAAUCCCCGGCAUGCGGGACCCACGGACACGCAACACUACCAUUCGUUGGUGAUUCCUUGCUCCGCGGUUUGAUUUCUCACGAUAAUGCCACAAAAUAAUUAAAAAGCUGGUCUAGUUGGUGUGUAAUUACACCCCCCACCACCCUAGAUGGGAUUCACUUCGAUUUGAACAUUUUGGAUUUACCUGGCAGGGCCGUCAUUAAAAUCUAUAAAGCUGGCUAUGAGAAAAAGUGUAACGAAUAAUGUUGGGAAUUGGAGGCAAUAAAGAGAAGAAAAAAACGAUAACGUUUCUCAGGUAUGAAUGUUUUAUUAUAUCACUGAUGCAAUAGUUUGGACCCAACCCGCUGGGGGGCUCCCUUUGAAUGUUUAGGUAGCGACCUAUGAUACCAUUAAGAAGAACAGAGUUGUUGGUGAUAGUAUAACGCGGUAUUUCUUGCCUUGUGAAGAAUGACAAUGUGCCAAGAGGCGGGAUAUGUUACCUGAUUCGUUUUUAUUUGGCAUAUGAUUCAAUCCGGAUCCCCGUGAAGAUCAUCGUGCCGUCUUGCAUAAACGAUGAAUCAGUGCCCAAAAAUAUAGAGGACUAGAUGACGCCGGAGUUAACAAGGACCUCGAUGGCAAACGGAGUUGUAAGGACAUAAGCCAUUCUUGGUGUUUGUCAGGCAGCGAUCUGAAGUCGUCAUCUAGAUGAUGUUACGUCCAGGUCAAAAAUGAAUCAACUGAAUGACGGAUAUCAUUUAGUAAAUGAUCGAUCCUAUUAUGAUACUCAAUUAUACAUUCCAUUUUGAUAUUAUUUUAUAUAGA